AAGUUUAACUUCAUCACAGAAUAUCGAUACAUCCUUUUCAUCCUGUUAUCACCUUCGGAUGAUACGAGUUAUAUAUCUCUGGCCCAGACAUGCGUGCCUUGGUGGAUCCCAAUUCGCUUCCAUCCACGCCACUUCAAGCCUCCGAUGCUUAGGGAGCCCAUCCUACGUCAUCGCGAUCGCGAACAUGUAGAAUGACGCGAAGACAGCGAUGCGUGCCGUUACCCGAUUUAUACGCAGCAGUGGAACCAACGCAAACUCCCAUGUCAACAAUGAGAAGUACCCUUUUUUUGCUCUGUCGCUACUAAUCUAUGAUGCCUUGUCUGCACUAUCCCGACUACUCUCGAUAGCUUCCCUAAGUCCUUUCACUAGUUACCCUUCCUUAGCAUCAUCUCUAGUACUCGCCGUGUCACCUUCUUAAGCAAUCCAGAGCACCAGUAGUCACAAUGGCUACCAGCACGCUUGAUGACCUCUCCACCAAGAUGGAAUCGAGUCCAAUCGAGUCGGGUACAAACUCGAGCAUUCGAAUCACCCACCGGUCCGAACGAUACUUCUACAUGCACCUCGUCCAAAUUAUCGUCCGUCGCAUACGCAGCCAUCUCGUCAAGCCCAAGAAAGAACAGCGCGAAGGUUCCAUCAAGCUGAAGCCGCAGAAAGUCAUAUACAGGACGUGCUCCGUGAACCACCGAACCAUAUGCGACAUCAACAUCUACGACAUCAUCCCGAAGCGCACGAGCGAGAAGACAUAUGUCAAGCGGAUAUACUACUUCUGCGGCGGCGGGUGGCAGAGCCCACCUUCCGGUCAGCAUUGGCAGGUUUGCGCAAAGCUGGCCAGGCAGAUGCCCGACACCACGAUUUCUAUCGUAUCCUACCCUCUUGCGCCCAAGAACUCGGCCUCCAAGAGCUUCCCUGCAUUGCUUAGACUCUACCGAGAGCUAUUGCGACAGUCCGAGGAGGACGGACACAGAGUUAUAUUGGCUGGUGAUUCGUCCGGCGGCAACAUCGUUCUAUCUCUCGUACUGGAGGCCCUCAGAGAAGACGCCAUGGAAGCCGGUGGUGAAAUCUCCAGGGACGGAAAGCGAAGUCACACCGCGCACCCAACCGCGCUCAUGCUAGUAUGCCCGUCGACAGACCUCACGCGCUCGAACCCCGACAUCGAGAAACUCAAGCACGCCGAUCCCAUCCUCACACCGGACUUCAUCAAGGAGACUGCGGGUGCUUGGACGGGCGAUUGGGACCCCAAAGACCCUCGCGUUUCCCCUCUGUAUGCUGAUUUGUCUCUACUCGCCAAACGGGGCAUCAAAGUUCAUGGCGUUACGGGUGGCUACGACAUCUUGCGCCCUGAUGCUAUUAUGUUGCGGGAGAAACUCGAGAAAGAGGGUGUUCAUGGUGAGUGGCUUGACUGGGACAAGCAGAUGCAUUGCUUUGUCCUCACAUGGCCGUAUGGUAUGCGCGAGGGUAGAGAGGGCGUAGGGUGGAUGGUAGACGUGUUGAAGAAGGAAUAGUUGGUUUUGUGUCUUGGUCGGAAUUUCGUUUUAUACCCAUUCGCUGUGCUGUUGUUGAUAGAACUUUAGCUAAUGAUCUGACCUGAAUAGUAAUAUUACUUCGACGAUGUUACUUUUCUCCACAAACAGCUACCCACAAA